AUAACCUGCCGGAACCUCGCGGCAGCUAAACCUCCGCAAGCUCGGCCAUCCACCCAUAUAUCUCACCUAAUCCCUCUCCGUCCGGAUCGAAAGCAUGGGUCUCUUAUCGCUCGGUACGCCACUCUCUUGGGACGAGACUAAACCGCUAGCGGACCAUGUUCGGGACCACGGGAUCACGCAAUUCUUGCAUACCUGGGCGAGGUGGAAGGAUGUCAAGGAGGGGAAAGGGUUCUUGUGGGGUGACGAGAUCGAAUACAUGGUCAUCACCUUUCCGGAAGACGGGUCUAAACGGGCCUUGCUCUCCCUGCGUCAGUCCGAAAUCCUGGAAGAGCUCAAGAACGUGGUCAUCGACCUGAAAGAUGAGGAACCCGAGAAGAGCAUGGUCGUCCCGACCUUCCACCCCGAGUACGGUCGAUACAUGCUCGAAUCCACCCCCGGUGCUCCCUAUUCGGGCUCCUUGCGUGACCUCGUCUCUGUGGAACAAAACAUGCGGUUCCGUCGUAAACUCGCCAAGUGCCAUCUGAAGGACAACGAGUUCCCCAUCACCAUUACCUCGUACCCUCGACUCGGGGUCACCGAUACGCCGUUCACCGUACCCGAAGCUUGGAGCGAGGCGGACAGCGAUGCGAGUAGGAGCUUGUUUGUCGGGCAAGGGGUCACCAAUCCGCAUGCGAGGUUCCCGACGCUGACGGGGAACAUUAGGAGCCGGAGAGGAGCCAAGGUGGAGAUCAACGUACCGAUCUUCAAGGAUACGAAUACGCCGAGUCCGUUUAUCGAUCCGACCAUCCCAUGGGAUAGGCAGAGGUACCCCGGGGACGACGAGGCCAAGAACGGCGCGGCCAAACCGGACCACAUCUAUAUGGACGCCAUGGCGUUCGGUAUGGGUUGCUGUUGUCUCCAGAUCACCUUCCAAGCCUGGAACGUCAACGAGGCCAGGAGGGUGUACGACGCCCUCGUCCCCGUCACCCCGAUCAUGCUCGCGUUGACGGCGGCGAGUCCGGCGUUUAGAGGUUAUUUGGCGGAUGUGGACGCGAGGUGGGAUGUGAUCGCUGCCAGUGUGGAUGAUCGGACGGAAGAAGAGAGGGGGUUGAAGCCUCUCAAGAACGACAAGUUCAGGAUUCCAAAAUCGAGAUACGACUCUGUGGACCGAUACAUCUCGUCAGACCCUCGAAAUAAGGAUUAUUAUAACGAUAUCGACUGUCCUAUGGACGAGGCGAUUCACAAGCGGUUGCUUGAUAACGGUAUCGACGACGCCCUGGCCAAACACAUCGCUCAUCUGUUCAUCCGUGACCCGCUCGUCGUCUUCAGCGAACGGGUCGACCAGGACGACGAGACGUCGAUGGACCAUUUCGAAAACAUCCAGUCGACAAAUUGGCAGACGAUGCGGUUUAAGCCUCCACCUGUCGAUUCGCCCAUCGGAUGGAGGGUCGAGUUCCGAAGCAUGGAAGUCCAGCUGACCGACUUUGAGAACGCUGCCUACUCGGUGUUUAUCGUUCUCUUGACCCGGGCCAUCUUGAGCUUUAACCUGAACUUUUACAUGCCCAUCUCCAAGGUCGAUAUCAACAUGCAGCGAGCGCAGAAACGGGACGCUGCCCGAUCGGAACUCUUCCACUUCCGGAAAUGGGUCUUCCCUCUCGGUCGAUCUCCCUCGCACGACGACUGGAGCAGUCGACCAUCCUCGCCCUCGCGAGCCGGGUUCAACGGGGAAGGACAAGGUGAGGAUACUGCGACAAACGGGACCGCUUCGCGCUCGUCGUCGCCCGGGUCGUCGGGCUCGAAUCAGAAUGGAGAUUCUAGAGCGCCAGGUGAGGAAGUGGAAGAGAUGACAGUCGACGAGAUCAUCAACGGAAAGAACUCGUUCCCUGGUCUGAUGGGAGUCAUCAACGCCUACCUGAACUCGCUGAAUGUUGAUCACGUCACCCGUUGCGAGAUCCGCACAUAUUUGGACCUUAUCAAGCACAGAGCCCAAGGCAAACUGUGCACACCCGCUGCUUGGAUCCGAAACUUUAUCACCUCGCACCCCGCUUACAAGCACGAUUCUGUUGUAUCGGACGAGAUCAACCACGACCUAAUGAAGGCGCUCGACGAGAUCGAACGGGGUACCAGAGCCGCCCCGGAAUUGUUGGGCAAAGCAUACCGAGGGAGCGAUCAUCACUAGAAAGUUGUAGCUCGAGAAGCGUUGUACA